GGUUCUUCCUUCCGAAUGGCAGCCCGAUUUCCCAGCUAUCUCACCUCGCGGGAGCAAAGAGGGGAGUCCAAUGGGAGAAGAGAGUAUAGAGAAGGGGGCUGGCCCACCUCGUAGGCCUCGAGCCCGACGCCUCUUCUGGGGAGGCCCGUCUCUUUAACGCCUCACACGUCAUCAUCCCGCGGCCAGGCGGCGCCUGAGCUUCCUCUGUUGCCGCAAAGCGAGCCUGCGCGCGAGUUAGUUUCACGGCGGGCCGCAACGACGAUGGCGGAAGGAUGUGGAGGUCUGAGGAGGAGGCGGAGGAACAUGAACUUGUAGCCGUAGUUUCUCCAGUUUCCCAAGAAGUUGUCAUGUUAGUUAGUCUCUUUCAACAUCAAAUGGAGGAAGGGUUAUCUUCCUAUAAGAUGAGUAGCUGCUCUUCCUCAAGAGUGGAUAGAGUUCAACAAAUUCUGAAAAAUGUCUUUGGGUUUGACUCUUUCAAGACCCCACUGCAGAAAAGUGCAACCUUAACUGUGGUGAAAGGAGGGAAGGAUGUCUUCAUAUGCAUGCCCACUGGGGCAGGAAAAUCCCUGUGUUACCAGCUUCCUGCGGUUCUGGCAGCAGGCAUUACCAUUGUCGUGUCACCAUUAAUUGCACUGAUUCAGGAUCAAGUGGAUCAUUUGCUCUCACUAAAAGUCAGAGUAAGCUCUCUUAAUUCCAAGAUUUCUGCCCAGGAGAGGAAGACCAUCCUAACAGAUUUGAUGAGUGAGACACCACAGACAAAGCUCUUGUACAUCACACCAGAGAUGGCAGCUUCUUCUUCCUUUCAGCCCACGUUGGAGGUGUUGGUGUCUCGCAAUCUUCUCUCCUAUCUGAUAGUGGAUGAGGCUCACUGUGUUUCCCAAUGGGGGCAUGACUUCCGACCAGACUACCUGCGGCUUGGCUCCUUGCGUUGUCGCAUACCCAACACACCAUGCAUAGCCCUCACUGCCACAGCUACCAAGCGUGUUCAGGAUGAUAUCAUAGCAUCACUUAAACUAAAGCUUCCUGUCACUACCUUCAAGACACCAUGUUUCAGGCCCAAUCUUUUCUAUGAUGUGCAGUAUAAAGAACUCUUGACAGAUCCUUAUGAAAACCUGAAAGAUUUCUGUCUGAAGUCUCUUGGGGAGCAGGAUAUUUCAGGGGUUUAUUCUGGCUGUGGAAUUAUCUAUUGCAGGAUGAGAGAAGUUUGCGAACAGGUGGCCAUUGAGCUAAGCUAUAGAGGGUUGAGAGCCAAAGCAUAUCAUGCAGGUCUGAAGGCAGCAGAGAGAACAUCAGUUCAGAGUGAAUGGAUGGAAGAGAAAGUUCCAGUUAUUGUUGCAACUAUCAGUUUUGGAAUGGGAGUUGACAAAGCUAAUGUCAGAUUUGUUGCACAUUGGAAUAUACCAAAGUCUAUGGCUGGGUACUACCAGGAGUCUGGAAGAGCUGGGAGAGAUGGUAAGCCAUCCAGUUGUCGACUCUAUUACUCUCGGGCUGACAGAGAUCAGGUCAGUUUCCUUAUCAAGAAGGAAAUUGCUAAGCUCCAGGAAAAACGAGGCACCUUGAAAGAAUCUGAUAAAUCUAUGAUGACAGACUUUGAUGCUGUGGUGGCCUUCUCUGAAGAACUGAGUUGUCGCCAUGCUGCCAUAGCCAACUUCUUUGGAGAUGCCAUCCCAGAGUGCAACAAGUGUUGUGAUUAUUGUAGAAAUCCAGCAGUGGUUAAAAAGAAGGUUGAGGCACUACAGCAGAGCACGAGUGGCUGGAGCAGAACUUGCACUGGACCUUCUGCUUCCUCUUGGAAUUCCUAUGAUCCAGACCUUUAUGAAGGAGGAAAAAGAGGCUACAGAUAUGAUGAAGAUGGAGGGAGUGUGUCUGAAGCUCAUGAAGAAAAUCAGAAAAAGGAAUGGAAUAAUUUUUACAGGAAACAGAUGCAAUUGCGUAAGGGAAAAGAACCCGAAAAGGAUAACUUUGUUCUUCCAGAUGCCGAUUGUCCAUUGAAGGAUGCAGCCAGCCGGAAAAUUGCUAGAAUCACAGUGAAGGCUAGAGAACACUGCCUGAAGAUGCUGGAAGAAGCACUGAGCAACAACCAACAAGCAGCAGGAUCAAGAGAUGGUUCUACCUCGGUUCCCCUAUCAUGGGCUGUGGAAAUGGAGUAUGAGGCUUUCCAGUCAAGCAAAAUGGCCAACCUGUACAAAGCAACUGUUCUAAAGAAGGUAUCAGAAAUCAACAAAGCUUCCAAAGAUGGAGAACUUUUUUCCAUUCUUGUCACAAGAGUCAAUGGCACUCCCAAGGUGAAGACUGAACCUACUGUAACAACGGAGGAUGAAUAUUUUCAAGCAUCCAAAGUGAAUACGUUUAAACCCAAGAGGGUAGGGAUUGGAAUCAGAAUGACGUCGGGAGUGUUCCAGUCUGCUUCAGAGGUUCUAGCAGCUAAAGAAGAAGACGGUGUUAACCCUGUGAAAGAAGAGGCAAGCUCAAACUGGAUGGAGAACUCUCACUGUGAUCCUGAGCCUGUGAAAAUUGAUAAUGUUCUUGAGAACAAGCCAGAAGUGACCAAAGAAAUCAGCGAAAAUGUUGGUGAAGUCUCUGAGAAGGGAAAGCACAGCCCCUCCAAUGCUAUUAUUUCUUUAGGAAUUAGUCCCACUAAAAAGGACAAGCCCACUAAGAAGAAGAAAUUGUUAGCAGAAGCAGCAAGGAAAGAGUCGCAAAACAUUGCCAAAUUCUUUUCAGUCCCUAAAGACGGAUCCAAAUCCUUUGAUUUGACAAAAGAGCCAAACAGUUAUCUCAAGGAACUACCUCAGUUGCCUUCUCAAAGAGUCUGCAAGGAGAAAUCAUCGUCACAGGAAGCUGAAAUUGUUCCCAAAGAAGAAAUAGACACAUCCCAGUUGGAAAAAGACAGUUCUAAGAAAACAGAAGUUCCAAGUCUGAGAAGUCACAGCUCAGGAGCAGAAUCCUUAUGUUUCGGAUCAACCCUUGAAAAAUCAAGCAGUGCUAGACAUUUGACAGAAAAGGAAAUAGCCAACAGUAAUGAAAAUCAUAGUGGGAAGAGACCAGGAUCAACUGAGGAUUUGGAGAGCCCUGCUGAAAAGAGGCUCAGGACGACAACUACACCAUCCAUAUUAUUGCAAUUAGAGGGAAAAGCUGGAGGACUGGUGAAAAAGAAAGUCACUUUUGAUCCAAACUUAGCACAAGUUGAUAAAGAAGGAACCACCAAAAUAAUCCAACCACCUACAAAGAUAUUAUCGCUUAAAGAAACAGCAGAUAUUGUUGUGAAAUACCUGACCCCUUUCUACAAAGAUGGCAGAUUUGCUUCCAAGGACCUGUUUAAGGGCUUUGCCCGGCAUCUCUCUCACUUGUUGGCUGCAGACAAGAAUCCUCUGCGUAAGAUCGUGAAAGAAGAAGCACAGAGACUGAUCAAGGUAUUCUUCAAAAACCGGAGUAAGUGUGAAAAUGAGAAGGACUGGCAGGACAUCAUGAGCUUGGAAACAUGACACUGGGAAUACAGCUGUUUUUUCUGCUUCCUGUAACUACUGGACCCAAGACCUCCUCUCUGGUGGAUUCAUUGUGUCUGUUCUUUGUAAUGAUGCAAAAAGGGGGAAUAGUGGGGUGGGGAUGAUAGUUAACAGAGACUAUCUCUGGGGAACAGAUCUUCAGUGACUACAGCUGCACAACUGACUGAAACAAUGCUCUCAGGAUUUGAUCCUGUGGUUAUUGGGUAUUUUGACUACUUUACAAUCCAUUUUGCUUUUUAAAGCAAAUAUAAAGGGACUGGAAUGUAGAACCCAGCUGCUAUCCCAAAUUAUCCUACAUCCAGUCUUUUAGUAUAAAUGCUUCCAGCAGCGGCCUUAAACAAGACCUGCAGCCAUACUACUCAGGGUUCCUGUGAUGAAGUAAUUUCUUACAGAAUACUUUUACUUUGGAGAAAAUUGGUGUCUAGUUUGAUAUUGAGAGUAAAUCCAAAAAGGUUGCAGCUGCCAGUUUUGAUUUUCUUAAGAUGUUGAUAUGUUUCUUUUAUUCUGAAAAGUUUCCUCUUGCAUUAGAAUAAGAAGUUUGACCCACACAAAACACUGUAAGAAUUAGAUAGCAUAUUGACAGAACUGUCUGUUUAUGAGUUGGCAAUAGAUUGUGCAUUGAAAUUAAUUACCAAAGUAAACAUUGCAUGGAAGCCAUGUAUAACAAGGUGCAGUUAACAUUUUUUAUAUUAAAGGAGGAAAGCUGCGCUGGGUGAGGGCAGUCAGGAUGUAUGUAAGCAGUGGGGAGGGGUUUGUUUGCCCUCAGCUCUAAUCCUGCAUGCUGUUUUGUUGCUGCAAGGGGCCUCUCCAUUCACCCCCAUUUAAGAGUUCAAAUGUGCAUUUGCUGGCUUCUCCUUAUGCACCCUCCCUCCCCCCAGUUUUCAUCAAGAUAUUACUACAUGUUUUUAUAUGGAGCAAUUAACCAGGCCCAGCAAGUUUAUUUUAACUAAUGUAUUUAUUAUUUACCACACUUGUACCCAGCCAUUCUCACCCCGAAGGAGACUCAGAGCAGCUUUACAAAGGCAACAAUUCGAUGCCAGAUAUUAAUAAAUGAUAAAUAAGCAAAUGCAUUAAAAUCCAAAGCAAUUAAAACAACAUUAAAAUAGCAAUUAAAAUCACACAAGCCGAAUCAUACUUUAAAUCAUAACUAAGAGAAGGUUAUAAAGUUUUUUGUUCUAAUGUUCACUUUUGUUUAUAAUAUGCCAUUAUAAUUUGUAGAGCUUUCUAGCUAAGAGUUCUGUCUUCUGGUGAAACUUCAGGAGUGAACAGAGACCAUGUGAAAACGUGCAUACCCAGUCAAUUCUUUGUUAUAAAUAUAUUUUCUGUUUCUGUGCAUCAAAAGUAUACAGAAUUUGUGCCCAAGACAUUUAAAAGGGGAAGAACGUGUUAAUCUGAUGUAUUUGUACAAACAUUUGCAGAACCAAAUAUAUCUUUAAGGAAAAUUGCCUUUGCAAUGUUACAUGUUAUUGUUCAGUAACAUUGUAUCAUUACUUUAUAUCUCUAUUUAGGUGUACAGGAUGAUUCUAAGCCAUCUGAAUACUUAGAGCAGUAGUUCUCAACCUGUGGGUCCCCAGAUGUUUUGGACUUCAACUCCUAGAAAUCCUAACAGCUGGUAAACUGGCUGGGAUUGCUGGGACUUGUAGGCCAAAACACCUGGGGACCCACAGGUUGAGAAUGACUGACUUAGAGGGAGGCUGUAACUGACACCUGAUUUCCUGAAGGGAUUCCUUACAGAUUUUGUGUUGACAAGCACACUUCAUGUGUGGCAAAGAGGUAACGCCUCUUACGUGAUCCUUGGUUUUUGUACAUGCAUAAAACAUAUGUUGGCAGGAGUGUACAUAAAAUAUUUUUGAGCGCACCUUGAAACAACGUGGAAAGUAUUUUUUUGUAUUAUCUGCAGUAUAGUAUUGUUCACUGUGGUGCUAAAGAGCUUCCCUUCCAAUAGCAUGGAUAAUAGGGGCAUGGGCAAAUCUGCUAUGCAUAGUUAUUGGCACAGAAGAGAAGGUCUGUGCCUGUAAACCUUGGCAGCAGUUGAUGGUAAGAUUGCUGCAAAUAAGUAGAUGUUACAGGGAUUACUGCUGCUUCCCUAUUCCCAUACUUUUCUGAGAGCCAUAGUGUACAGAUUUUAUUCUGACAGUACACAGUGACAGCUGCUUUCUCAGCCAAGCAUUUCUAGCAAGGAAAAAUUAACCUGGCUGCAAAGUAACUUCCAUGUUCUGGGCACAUGACUUGAAUGCUUUUAUUUUAGCAAAGAAAGGGGCACCUUUUUUUCCUUUUAUGUACUAAGUUGUGCUCUGAGUUGUCACAGAUGUGUACUGGAAGAGUCAAUUUAGUCAGAAUAUAUUGACUAUCAACUCUCUACAUUUUCAAAGCCAUAUUGCUUCAAUGUGUCUCUUGCACUGUCCUGAUCAACCUCUCAGAAUUGUAGCAAAGCUGUCCAGAGAUUGUGGGCCAGAUGAGACUUUCUAUAUACAUGCUCUCAAAUAGCAACCUUUACAACUGCAUUUUGUAGACAUGUGCCUUAGCUCUAUUCCCUACAGAGGUCACUGUAUGUUCUUACUAUGUGAGCUCAUAGACAAACAUAGAACUGGAAAACAGACCUUUGAACCAGUGUAUGUGUAGAACUGGUCUUUGUUACUUUAAAAACUGUGUGCAAUCUGCAAAUAAAGCAAAUGUUAAAGUG